UGUCCCUUUCAGCCGGUUCCCUCGUCACGAUCGUAUUCAAGAUACGAAAUCACAUCGCCCUCCAUGUUCACAGCUCAGUACGCGGAGUUCUCGGACGGGCGACGAUCGAAUUUCCGUCAACGCGGCGCCGGCCUAUCCGAACGCCCCAUCGUUUGCCCGCUUCAUGGUACACUGGCUCGAAUCAUGCUCUGGUGCAUGGCUUCUGCAUAGUUAUACGACAGUAAGAAUGGACGAAUCUACCUACCAUCUGAAGCGGCACGAAAGCUGGCCGAACGCUGGCAACACACGAUCUUCACACAACUAGUGAAAUCAAGCCGAGACAAUAUGGUCAACGAGACCUCCCCGACCUACCCGGUCUUCUUCUUCAGCCAUGGUUCGACGGCGAUGCUGCAAUCUCGUACAGCACCGGCGGCCUAUUGGGAGGAAGUCGGACGACAAGCGCUCGCUCAGGGGGUAGAGCGUAUUGUCAUCAUGGGCGCACAUUGGGAGACUCUGGGAGAGACUGUGAGGGUCUCUGGAAAUCCCGAUCCUGUCAAACAGCCGGUGGCUUGGGUCGAUCCCAAGCUGUACACCGAAUUUGACCUCAACCCGGAUAUGGAGCUCGCCGCCGAGGUUACCGAGAUGCUCAAGGAUUCCGGUUUCGACGCGGCUAUGGAUCCCAAGUUUGAACAGAUCCACGAUACCUUUAUGGUCCUGAAAUGGAUGUUUCCGGGUGGGAAAUCGCUACCCCACGUCGUAGUCAGCCAUAACGCUCGAUUUGAUCCUCAUUUCCACUUGAAGAUCGGCGCGGCGCUCCGCCCCCUUCGUCAGCGCAAGACCCUCUUGAUCGGUUCGGGCGGAGCAGUUCAUAACCUCUACCGCAACAAUUGGCAACAAGUGAUCAUGCACCGCGAUCACCUCGCUCAAGAACGGCCCCCUGAGCAGUGGGCAAUCGAUUUCGGGGAAGCUUUUUCGGAUGUCGUUACCAACAACACGGGUCCUGCUUUGCGACGCGGUCUAGCGCGGCUGAUGCAACACCCUCAAUAUCGGGAUGCGCAAGGCACCGACGAUCAUUUCAUGGCCGCGCUAUUCGCCGCGGGUGCUGCGGGUGAUGUUGAAGACGAAGGUCACAAGAACUAUGCCGGCGCCGAAUGUUGGGAAUUACUCAAUAUGCGUAACUCGCAGUUCCAGUUUGGCGACUGGCCUCACGCUCCACAUGUUACGCCGAUCCAUACAGGAGGACAGGUGGUUCACUCGAUCUAGAGGGACGUGCGAAGGAGAUGUUGUAUCGUUUGUGUAUGUCAUUGUAUUCCGAAACAUCGAUCAUGUCUGUGGA